GGAUGGUCGCAUAUCUUGCUACAGGUAUCACCAACCUAUCUUUAGCCACCUUCUGGAAAGACGGUUCAUUGAUACCAGCUAGAUCAGCACAGGAAUUUGUUUGAUGUGCUUAAGAGAUCGGUAACAAUACCUCCUAACGUGACUGCGUUGCGAGGUGACAGUGUUUCCUUGGAGACAGUGAAUCCAUAGAGCCCCAGCCAGGAUCCUUGCAGGUUACCUCUCUUCAGAGGAUGUUGAACUACCUCUCUAUGCAGGGGCAAAGAUGGGAAGAUAAGCUUUGACUGUAGACAAAUAGCCUUAUGCAAGAUGUGAGGAUUUUAUGCAACAGCAAGACAUGUCUGAAAGUUCCUCAGGUCUGACUACAAGCAAUCAAAGGUUCUGUAAAACCUAUUCGUCCUGGCGCUCCAUCCUAAAUGAUACACACACCGUUCCACCAGUUUUAUUACAAACCAGAGGAUUCAUCAGGCAGAACCGUGAUUCUGGGCUACUUUCCCCUCUUCCUUCUGAUUCCUUCAAGUAUCUCGGCUGGUGUGACAUAGAAGAACAUGAUGUUCGAGGAAAUCAACUUCAUUGUCCCCGAGUGAGAGAAGGGCCUUCAGAAGAAGAGCUAUUUCUCAGAGGAGAAGAACAUACUGUGAAAAAAAGAAAACAAGCAACUGACACAGAGAAGCGGCAAAAGAAACUGCAAGAGAACUGGGAAAACUGUGCUGAGCUGAACCUUUCAUUUCAGGACCUGGGUGAUCUUUACCAGGUGGAAAACUUCAAAAGGAUUCUCCGAAGAUUAAUUCGGGUGGAAAAACUUUGGUUGGUGGACAAUUCUUUGACAGACCUAAGUGCCAUAAGGUUGCCAAGAUGCAGAGAACUAAAUGUCAAUAAAAACCACUUUACAUCCUUCAAACAGCUGCCAAAGAUACCUCAGAUUCAACACUUAUCACUCGCUGAAAAUAACAUUAUGACACUAAGUGGAAUAUCAGACUUCAGACAUACUCCACUUGAAUCCCUUAUACUCAAGAGGAAUCCCUGUGAAUUUCAAGAAAGAUACAGACAACUUGUGUUCUCCAGUUUGCCAAAUCUGAAAAUGCUGGAUGGUAUCCCAAAACUGCCAGAGGACUGUUCACCCCCAGAUACCAGGUUUUUUUUCAAAAUGUGUACUAUACUCUAGCACUGUAUUUUUGUAGGAUCCCAGCUGUGCUAGAAUCACCUCACUUAAAAGAUACAAUAAAUCCUGUGCAUGGAAAUUACUAUUUUUUUCUGAUCAAAGCGAUAUUGAAGCAGAAAUUUUUUUUUAACACGUUUGUGAUACCACAGACUUCAAGUGAGUAUGGAUAAAUGACAUGUAAAUAAGACAUAAUGUAUAUACUGAGUGUCAUGAUUUUGGUGUAUUAAAAAUAUUGGGUGACUUUGUUGUCUAGGAACUCUGUGUAGAAAAAAACUCGCAAUUAUUGACUCCCAUUGCAUUUACUUAAAACACGCCCGAUUUCAGACCAUGUGUCCAUUGUGGGAAAUGGUACAAGGGUUAAAAUCCAGGCUGUGAAGAAAAGGAAAAAAAAAAAUAGCCUGAAUAAAAGAACAGGCUAUGCAGUUUCCUUCUUUAUCUCCCACCAGUGUCUUAGUGCGCUUUAAUGCACUUUGUAGAUGGGAAAGGUAGAGCCACCC